AAUUAAGCGGGAUCAUAUGUCACAUCUGUCAUAUUUAGAAGAGUGCAAUUUUUUUUCGCGAUAUCCUCUUUAGUUACGUCACAAUUAAUCGCGCCUAUCACAAUGAACUUAUAUAUUUUAAAAGUGUGUUUUGUUAAUUCGAAGUUCGCCGAGAUUGCCGUCAUAUCUGCGCCCGGCCAUGCGUGUUUGUUGACCUUCACUGCGCCGACCUUAAUAAAACAGAGGUCAACUUGUGUGCCGAGCUUUUCCUACCGAUCUUUCGAAUGAGAACGCAUGUGUGCUACACGAUCGUUUUUACAUUCUACCAUCGAUAUUUUUAUAGGUAGCACACAUAAAGAGUUUAACGCACACUGUAAUAAAAUGUGGGCAAAUGCUGCGAUAUUAUUUUCUUAAUAAAUUUUUUACAUCAGUCAAUUAAAUGCAAUUAAAUUUAUGCCUUACUCGCUUUGACAAUGGCUUCGAAAAUAAAACGCUUCUUUAAUAAUAUAAGAAGAAUACUCUUAAGGAUUUAUAGAUACUUUCUGCAUUAUAUUCGUACAUGGAAGAUUGUAGGAUCAAAAAAUAUAAUAACUAAAGAUAUGCAAGAAAUCGACGGUCUAUCGCUACAGCCUACAACUGAAAAUGAACAAAUAAGAAUCUUAACUGUAAACAAUGGGGAAUAUCUGGAUGGGAUCUUAUACAGAUUGAAGAAAGGAUGGAAAGUUGAAUUUAGACUUGGGGCUUCCCUUCUUGGGAAAAGACUUGAUGUUUUUAUAAAUCAUCCAUUAUCGAAUGAUGAAAAAUUUGAGAGGCAUACUUACUAUCAAUUGCAAUGGGUCGAUGAAUCAGCUAGUAUACAUUUAACUUUGUCUGGUUCAUUCCACUAUUAUGUCAGUGAUCAAGUCAGAGAGUAUACCAAACCUGUUGCAUCUGGGUAUCUACUUGUGGAUCCUGAACUGAAAGUAGGCAAAGAUGAGAAGAUAUUACCUUUGGAUUGUAUCCAAGUUCAAACAGUUUUGGCAAAGUGUUUAGGACCUUUCUCUACAUGGGAAGAUAAAUUAUUAGUGACCCGAAAUUCUGGAUAUAAUAUGAUCCAUUUUACUCCAAUACAGGAAUUGGGACAUUCUAAAUCGUCGUACAGUCUGAAGGAUCAGAUGAAACUUAAUCCUAUUUUUAAUGAAAACGAUCAGAUAAUUACUUAUCAUGAUAUCGAGCAAUUUGUAAACAAAAUGCGAACUGAAUGGCAGAUGUUAAGUAUAUGUGAUAUUGUUCUGAAUCAUACUGCAAACGAGAGUCCAUUUCUACUUUCUCAUCCAGAAUGCACGUACAAUUGCAUUAAUAGUCCUCAUUUACGUCCGGCGUAUAUUUUGGAUGCAGCAUUGUUUGAAUUAACAAUACAAGUGGCUGCUGGAGAAUGGGAAUUUAAAGGUAUACCUACCGUGGUCAACACUGAAGAUCACUUGAAUGCGAUUCGUCACGCUCUCCACACAUAUUUCUUGCCGCUUAUAAAGAUACACGAGAUGUACAUUGUUAAUAUUAAUGAAAUUAUUUCGGAAUUCUUGAACCUGGCGCGCAAUGAAAUGCCGCAAGAUGUGAAUAAUACGAAGGCUGAAAACAUUUCGAUAAUUCAAGAUCCCAAUUUCUGCAGAUUGAAGUCAUCCAUAAACAUGCAACUUGCUUUGAAAAAGUAUAAUACAUACAGAGCUGAUUGUUUCGAUGAGGAGACUCGUUUGAAACGGUGUGCAGAGGAUUUGAAGAAUAAAUUACAAGAACUCAACGAAGCUAUUAGCAACAAUGUACAAAACCAUCUAAAUGCUGCUGUUGAAAAUGUUAUUGCUGGUAUAAGAUACUUUAGAGUACAAUGUGAUGGCCCAAGAAUUAAGGAAAUUAGCGAAAAAAAUCCUCUUGUUCCUAGAUAUUUCACUGAUUAUGGGACACCUGCAUCUUUGUCAGAAAGAGAAGAUAUAAUGUAUUCAGAUAAUGGAUGUUAUCUUAUGGCUCACAAUGGCUGGGUCAUGAAUAGUGAUCCUUUGAAGAAUUUUGCAGAACCUGAUUCUAAUGUCUACAUUCGAAGAGAACUUAUUGCCUGGGGAGAUAGUGUGAAACUCAGAUAUGGGAAUAAACCAAAGGAUUGUCCAUUCUUGUGGCAACAUAUGACAGCUUAUGUAGAACAAACAGCGCAAAUAUUCGAUGGUAUUCGGUUGGACAAUUGUCAUUCCACACCGAUCCCUGUCGCUGAAUAUAUGCUUGAUGCUGCGCGACGUAUCCGUCCAGAUCUCUAUGUUGUCGCAGAAUUGUUCACCAAUUCCGAUCAAAAAGACAACAUCUUUGUAAAUCGUCUUGGAAUUACUUCUUUAAUCAGAGAAGCUAUGUCAGCAUGGGAUAGCCAUGAAGAAGGAAGAUUGGUAUAUCGAUAUGGAGGAGAACCAGUUGGAGCAUUUCUGCAGCCACGAAAACGGCCGUUGGUGCCGAGCAUAGCUCACGCUAUGUUCCUAGACGUGACUCACGACAAUCCUAGUCCGGUGCAGAAACGAAGUAUUUUUGAUUUACUCCCUAGCGCUGCUCUCGUUUCGAUGGCGUGCUGUGCCAGUGGCAGUAAUCGCGGUUACGAUGAAUUAGUGCCCCAUCAUAUACACGUAGUAGAUGAAGAAAGACAAUAUACUUCCUGGUUGGAUAGUGACGAUCUAGAGAAUGAUAUGUGUAUUAAUUCAAAAACUGGCAUAAUUGAAGCCAAAAAAGCAUUAAACGAUCUACAUUAUAUGCUCGGUCAAGAAAAAUUUUCGCAGGUAUUUGUUGAUCAAAUGGACAGUGAUAUAGUAGCUGUAACGAGACAUUCGCCGACUAGUCAUGAGAGUGUAGUUUUGGUCGCGUUCACGGCAUUUUCACAUCCGGAUUCGAAUGCUUAUGAUCUGAGAAGACAUGUAAGACCUUUAAUAGUGGAGGGUGUGGUGGAGGAAAUUAUUUUAGAAGCAUCACUGUCACAUAUAGAUACCAAAAAUGGGAAAUCACCUUUCUGUUUACCACAAAAAUAUACAAAAAAUGCAAAUUUUAUAAACGGAUUAUGCGAAUAUACGUUAAACCUCAAACAGCAUAUACAAUGUUGCGACUCUACGAUAAUCGAGAAGGUCGAUUCCGGCGAUCCUAAGAAUACUCAACUCAAUUUUGUAAACUUUCAACCUGGUUCUGUUAUAGCUAUACGAGUGGCCCUUCACGCAAAUAUAAAACCUGCUUUAAUAAAGCUUCAAAAUACUAUUUCGCAAAUUACUUCCAAUGAGAAAUCAGAUUUACAUAAUAUAAUUUCUCGUAUGGAUUUCUCAGAUUUAAAUAAAGUUUUAUAUAGAUGCGAUCAGGAAGAACGAGAGGAAACAAGUGGUAGAUUUGGAGUAUAUAAUGUACCAGGAUAUGGAUGUUUAGUAUACGCUGGACUGCAAGGUAUUGUAUCCUUACUGGCUGAUAUUCGUCCGAAUAACGAUCUAGGACAUCCUCUAUGUGCCAAUGUUAGACAGGGUAACUGGUUGAUAGAUUAUGUGUGGCAACGUCUGAAAGAAGAUGAUGGUACUAAACCCCUUGGGAUAUGGCUUGAACAAGCGUUGGAACCAUUUAAAUUAAUUCCGAGAUAUUUGGUGCCGAGUUAUUUUGAUGUUAUAAUCGUGAAUGUUUAUAUGAUUCUUUUAGAUCAUUGUUACGAUCUAAUGUCAAACUUUGUAAAGGAUGGAAUUACGUUUGUUAAAUUAUUGAGUUUGGUCUCGGUACAAGUGGGCGGCGUAGUAAGAUCGUCACAAUUACCAGAUUUAUCGCCAAAUCUCAAUCAGCCUAAACCAAAGACCAAAAUCUGCGACGGAGAAAUUAAGCAGAUGUGUUUAACGUUGUCAGCAGGCUUGCCACAUUUCACGACAGGUUACAUGAGAAAUUGGGGUAGAGAUACCUUCAUCGCCCUGAGAGGAUUGUUACUUCUAACGGGCAGACAUGUCGAAGCGAGAUUCAUAAUUCUCGGUUUUGCCGGAACUUUACGACAUGGUCUAAUACCAAAUUUACUCGAUAAAGGAAGCAAUGCAAGAUACAAUUGCCGUGACGCAGUAUGGUGGUGGCUCUACACCAUAAAAUGUUACACAGAAGAAGUUCCAGAUGGUUUAAACAUUCUAUCCGAUAAAGUCUCGAGAUUAUUCCCGACUGAUGAUUCACCAGCUUUACCUGCGGGAGAGUGUGAUCAACCGUUGCACGAAGUAAUCCAAGAAGCUCUCACGGUACACUUUCAAGGUCUUUGCUUCCGGGAAAGAAACGCUGGGAAACAAAUCGACGAGCAUAUGACGGAUCGCGGGUUCAACAAUCAAAUCGGAGUUCAUCCUGACACAGGUUUCGUUUUUGGCGGGAACGAUGCCAAUUGCGGCACCUGGAUGGACAAGAUGGGCUCUUCCGAGAAAGCCGGUAACAAAGGCAAGCCGGCAACUCCCAGAGACGGUUCCGCCGUAGAGUUGGUUGGAUUGAGCAAGUGCGUCCUCACUUUUCUGGCCGAAUUGUACAAGCAGAAUCUUUUCCCGUACGGCAGCGUUCAGCGUAAAAGUCGCGACGGAAAAAUAAUAACUUGGAGUUACAAGCAAUGGGCUGAUAAAAUUCAGGCAAAUUUCGAAAAAUAUUUUUACGUGAAUGAGAUCCCGACGCAGGGUGAGUUGAGACCUGAUUUGAUUCAUCGACGAGGUAUAUUCAAGGAUAGUCAUGGUGCGACGCAAGAAUGGGCGGAUUAUCAGUUGCGACCCAACUUCCCUAUCGCUAUGAUUGUCGCUCCGGAAUUAUUUGAUCCUAAUCACGCUUGGACCGCAUUGAAGAAAGCAGAAGAGAUACUAUUAGGUCCAUUGGGAAUGAAGACCUUGGAUCCUGCGGAUUGGGCGUACAAUGGUUAUUACGAUAAUUCCAACGAUAGUACUGAUACCAAAGUAGCGCACGGAUGGAAUUAUCAUCAGGGGCCCGAAUGGGUCUGGCCAAUAGGAUAUUUUCUGCGAGCACGUUUGCAUUUUGCAUCAUUAAUCGGCGAAAAGGACGAGUUACGUCGUACGGUCGAAUCGACGGAAGCUAUCAUUUCACGACAUUUUAUUGAAGCGUCUACUACUCAUUGGAGAGGCCUGCCCGAGCUCACCAAUAAGGAUGGAAGUUAUUGUAAGGAUAGCUGUCGUACUCAAGCAUGGAGUGCCUCAAGUAUAAUAGAGGUUCUCUAUGAUUUGCAGAAGAUUAAACGGGAAUUAGGAUCCGAGGAAAUGAAAUCCGAGAAUUGAUAUCACUUUGCGUGUGUUCACCACCGCCAAUUAGACUUAGAGCAAUUAAAACUAGAACAAUUAAAAUAUAAUAGUAGCACUUUGAGCAAAGCGGAUGACAUGAAUGUACACUUUCCUACUGAAGCAAUAGCGACACCGCGCACAUCGGAAACACACGCAUGUCGUAUCAAUACACACAUAGAUGUAGCAGAUGCACAUAUUGUAGACACUACUGAUAUCAUAUCUGCAAGAAACGAAAUAUGUUCCGAGAUUGAAUGGAAAGCAAAGAAUUACAAUCGACAAUACGCAACGAUGGGAAAUAACGAGGGAAAGAAUGAAGCUCGAACGGAUGUUCGAGCCUUGUCGCAUGUUUACGAAAAAAUUAGAGAGCCAUAUAGUAGUUCGCACAAGUACGAUAUUCAGGAUUACUACGAGAAGUAUAGUUCCAGCAUGACGAAGGCUUCGAUAGAUACACUAUAUCUUCCGCGGCAUCAAAUCUGCGAGGAAUGCGCGAGAAUGAAAUACAGUCCGGUGUAUACUGAUCGUUUAAUAUACACAAAGGAAUCGUUGUUCGCCAUAGAGGUGGUUCUGUGUCAACGCGAUGACGUCUCGUGCUUCGCAUACUGCGACCCGCGAGAGAAUUCAACCGAUGAUAAUCUCCGUUUGCAAUACGAUCGAAAUCUGCAGGAUUGCAUGCUAAUCUACAAUUAUGUGAAAACCAAUGCCGCUGGUAUAUUUUACUCUCAUUGCUGGCCUCGAGAUGUCUUCGAUCUGAGAUCGCUAUUGAAGCCGCAUAUUUACGUUUUAAAUUACCCUUGCCGGGACGUUAUCGUAAACACCCAGCUAUAUCAUCGCCAUGUGAAUAACCAUUAUGUAAGAAUAUCGAAAGUCGGCUGCGCAUCCAUGACAUUUUAUCGCGACAGUAACACUAUGAUAAGCUGCAACAGACGCAGCUAUAUUAACAACGAUUUGCAAAACUCGCCAACUUAUCCGAUACACGAAUCAAACGACAACGAAUAUCGACGGAAUAGAUCAAGUUUAUUGUUAUUGGAACCAUUAUUGCUAACGUCGGAAUUGACAAAUUCCGCUUAUAAAAAGAAUACUGAAAAUAGAGAUUCGGAAUGCGUAAGGAUUGUCAGAAUAUCAAUAGCCUAUGCAUUAUCAUUUCUUAUUCUCGUGAGCAUUACAUUUUACAUUGUUUAUUUUACCUAGUUGUUGCUCGCGUGUUUGAUAAAUAUAUUGAAAUUAUGAGGUAACUAAGAAAUUUAAUCAUACAUUGCAUUGUGCAUUAAAUGCUAUACUAUAUUAUACAUUUAUUGUCAUUAAUUUUACAUUUAUAUCUCGAAACGGAAUCGCUAAAAUAUUUACAGAAACGAAGAAACUCGCAUAACAGUCCAUUUUUUAUCAUUAAAUAUAUGUAUAUAUAUUUUAAACGUGUUUGUUAAAUAUGCUAUCAAUUUUUACAUAAUCAUAAUUUAUUAGUGAAUCUUUAAUGACAAGAAAAUGUGUAUUCUAUAAUAUAAAAAUUAUUAACUAUACUUAACAAUUAAAUUUACUAACUAUUAACGAAAAUGAAAACUAUAAACUGUCUCUGUGUCUAUCGAAUCAUAUAUGUGACAGAUACGCAUUAUACAAAUUUUAACUCGUACAUAAAUUCCUACAUUUAUAAUUUAUCGUUUCUAAUUGUUUCUAAUAAUUUAUCAUAUUUUAUAUAUGUCUUCCAAAUCUACAGGCAAAGCUGUGUUUGUCACUUUAAAUAACUUUAUUAAGAUUGUAAAAUAAUCGACAUGUGUUCAAAUUAAUUUAAAAAAAAAUCGAAAUUUAGCUUUUUUGGUAUGCCUCUUAUUUGUGAGAUACUUAUUGAUAUAUAGCAGAUUUAUACACGUAAAUAGAAAAGUUUAUACAGUUUAGUACUUGUAUAAGGAAAAAUAAAAAAUAGAAAGAGGAUAUUUAUUAAGGUACUUUUCGAAAUUCUCAGGUAAAGAUUAAUCUCAUGGAUUAAAGUUGUAGAUGGUAUAUGUGUAAUGUAUUUGAAUAUAUAUUAUAAAUACAGGGGAGAAAAAGAUAUAUAAUAUGAAGAAUGAUAUGUAAUAAAUAAAGUAUAAUCUAUAAUAAAAUGACGAAAAUUCUGCUAACAUUAAAAGUUUUAUUACUGUAUUCAUCGAAACGCGUUUAUAAGAUAUAAAGUGCCGAAAUAUUUGACUUUGUAAGUUACUCAAGGCGCAUAUUUUUGCUGAAAUAUUUUAUUAUUGUUAUAUAUACUAAUUUGUUCUUAUUAAAUUUUCCUAUUGUUA